AUGCCUGGCUUGAUACGGCGACUUAUAACUCCUCAACGUUCACAAGCCAACAUCCGAGAUCGGCAUCGUGGGCGUGGACGUGACCGUGAUGGCAAUGAAGAUCUCACUGAUUCAUGUGAGGAGUUAAGCUCUUGCUGCACCAAAAAGUCCACACAAAGACGGACCAAUACCACAAAGUCACGUCUACCGGUGCCAAAGCAGAAAGCAGUCAGUGCGGCACGAAUUACUAUUCAAAGGGUGCCCGAUGUCCAUCGUGUUGCGCAUCCAGUCCCUUCUCUGCCAACUCCCCGCUUAAGGCCCCCGUCAAUCAGCUCUUCUCGCUUUGAAGGGCGAAUUGCCGCCCUUGAAGCUCUCACAGGCAAUGUUCCCACCAACAGGAGGACUGAACCAGUUCUUUGUCCUGUUGAGCAUGGCCAAACCCACCCACAUUCCUACCAAAACUCCCAUUCCUCUCAUUCUUCCCGGUACCUGCGCCUCCCUCGCUCUGGGAAUGGUCCUCUUAGCACUGUCAAUGUCAUCGACGAUAGUCCACGCCUUGAAAGGCCCUCGCCCGGGGCGUCGACUGUUUCUUUGUCAAACCAUGGCGCUGAUGAGUACGAGGUUGAGCCAACCAGCUGGCAGCCUGCUCAGCCAAUGUACGACGGUCAAAGCCUUGGCUCGUCAUCAGAUAGCGUUAACCGUCUAUUUCGCGAGACCGACGAAGCCUUCAAAGCACUUGGGUCUGCACUUAGAGAAACCCAGCGUGCAUCCCAAAUUUCAGAUUUACCUUCACCUCCAUCACCACCGGGAAUUCCCAUACAGCACAAACAUUCUAAAUCCAUGCCGCUGCCCACGGGCUUUCAAAAACAUUCAAGAUGGAGAGGGGAGGUUUCGCCUUCGGCUUCAUCUCAACGGUCAUCGCCAGACAGACGCUCGUCUGUGGUCAAAAAGCCCCAAAGAAAGAAGCACAAUCUCGCUGGCCAUCCCUUUGCCAAAGCAGCCAUCCGUACCCCUCGGUGGACCUUGUCCGAAAACGUGACAGACAUUCUCACCGGCCAACGUUUCAGACGCAUCGAGGCCGAUGAAAUGCUAACACCGGACCGCAUCGAAGCGCUGCGCAAGAAGCGGGAAGCAGCGCAACAGUUGGACGAGGAGCGUGAGGAGCGGAGAGAGAGAUAUUCCAUCGACUCUGUUCGCAGUGCGGCAUCAGAUAACUCUGAGACAGAUGUCGAGCCAUUCCAUCUUGACGAACUAGCUUCUCGAAUCAGAGCGAGACAGGCCAUGGAACAUCCGGUCAUCUCAAUCGAAGAAACACCUCCUGCUCCAGAACUGACCCCUGAUCUGGAUGUUGUUUCUCGGGACUUCACCAAACAAAGCUCGGUAACAGCGGAUGAUGCAUCUAUUGGAAGUGCUCGGGACAAGAGCGACACUUCCCCGGAGAUAUCACCUCAACUGCCGAUCAAGAAUCCUGCGCGUGCAGGUGCAGAGGCCAUUCAGAAAUUACCGUCGAUACCCGAGAUCGUGGCAGCAGGAACACUCAGGACACAAAGUGAACCGCCGGCUAGUACGACAACCCCUCAAACUGCCAACAUAAAGAUGGAUGAGAAUGAUGAAUACUUCUACCUCAAGAGCACGCCAUACACGCUCACAAAACCAUCGUUCCGUCAUGGGCCUAUCACCUUGUCCAAAGCUGAGGCGGGAAAGGGGGUCAAGACAAUGGACGACACGUUGGACUGGACCGCAUUCCAGAUGGCGAUAUUGGGAGGGGCUGGAGACCUACUGCAAGACAUGUCCAGCGAAGAAGAUACAAAGCAAGUGGAGGAGAUCACGUCAUGGUUUGAUACGUUUGGCUUUGAGACAUACGGGGUACUAGUACCUGGAGAUGUGCCCAAGCCAGAAUCUGAGCCUGGGCCAACGCCGUCAAUGAGGUCGUCGGCUCACAGCACUCUCUCUUCAACGCCUUCAACUAUCAACACAGAUGUUGACUUGCCGAUCCCGGUGGGUGCUGAGUUCCCUUCCGGGUUCUGGAACGCCCCGGCGCCCGGCCAGGCUCUCGACAAAGCUAAGUUCUUCAACAGUACAGGGCUAAAACGAUGGGUUGGCGAAGGAGGUCCCAAGCGCCCUUCGUCGCACAGCUCGGAAGAAAGUCUACCACCGAGCCCGAUGAUGCCUCUCGUGGUUCAUAUGGGCACUGGCGAAGCCGAUAUUCCGAACACGAUCCCGAUGGGUUAUAAUCUGGGUCACGACCUGGGCGACUUUCUUAAGUGGGAGGCGGAAAAUGUGUAUGCCCCUGGGUUUAGCGUGUCACCGUGA